AUGGAGCAAGUAGCUCUCUCGGAGCCAGCGGCGUCUUGCGCGGAUCUCCGUGCAGGGGAGGGCAAAGUCGGGCACCAGGAAGAUUUUGGGGCGCUGGAGCACUUGGAGCCCGCGAGCAUCCCGAGGACCGCCUCUGGCACCAUCGAGCCCCUCUCGCCCCGCAGUUCCUGCAGUGAUAGCACGCCUCUGAGCCUCCGCAACCUUGCCAACCUCGACUUCCCUGAGCAGGCGCAGAGCUUCUUGAGGCAAGAUUCACCAUGGUCUCAGUCAUCCGACGGCUCCGAUGAGUGCGCUCCUUUCUCGAAGCGUGCUGCGAGAAGGUUGAAAUCCAAGCUUAUGAAGAUCGAGGACGACCUUCCGCUGCUGGAGCAUGAGCCUGCGAUCAUCCCGAGGACCGCCUCCGGCAGCCUGGAACCCACGCCUUGCUCGCCCAGCCUCUCGCCCCGGAGUUCCUGCAGUGAUGGCAUGCCUCUGACUCUCCGCAACCUUGCCAGCCUGGACCUCCCGGAGCAGGCGCAGAGCUUCUCGAGGCAAGCUUCACCAUGGUCUCAGUCAUCCGACGGCUCCGAUGACGCUCCUGUCUCGAGGCGUGCUUCGAGAAGGUUGAAAUCCCAGCUUGUGAAGAUUGAGGAGUCUGAGAAGAGUGACCUGUCCAUCGAGUUGGGCGACGUGGUUCAGGUCAAGGUCCCCGGGCACUUGCAGCACGUUCUCCACGAUGAGUGCUCCCUUCCCAAAGACAAGGAGCCCAAGAAGAUGUUCGAGAGCUCUUGGAACCUGGGGGGCGAGCAGCUCCUGGCCGACGGACAACCUGAUCGCGAGAUGCACCAGGACAUGCUUCCUCCAGGAACCACAGCAACUGACAGCCUCCUUGACCCGGAAAUCGAGGGAGACCGAGGGUCAUCCGUUGGCACCGACCUGCCAUGGAUUUGGCGGCGUGGGGGCGAGCUGCGCAGCUGCGAAGCCAGGGGAUUCCGGGAAGAGGCGGGGCAGCUCAUUGGGCGGCAAGACACUAGCUGUGAGAGUCGAGGCAAUGCCGUGGAGAGCCCCUCCAAGGUGGGAGUGUACCUCUCCGAUGGGAGGCUGGUCGCCAGUUCCCAGGUCCUUCCCGUCCCGACGGCCCUGCCGGAUAACGCCUGGCUCUCCUUUCCACUGCGAGGCCACGACAAGGAGCUGCGGACCCUCCAAGAGCUGGAUCAUGUUUGGCUGGUCUUCAACACGCCCGAACCUUGGGGACCAAAAUGA